AAUGCUUCUUUUCAAUUGUUUUCGAAAUCAACUCAAAAUUAUUUUCUAAAAACUGAAAUCCGAUGAAUUUAACACGUUUAAAUCUUCAUAUUGAUAAAAAUUUUACGUAAAAUGGGAUGAUUCGACUAAAAAUUUUCAACCGCGUAUUAGAAUCCGCGCUCCAAAAAAAGGUCGACCACCCAGCAACUUCGCAAAGAAACCGAGCGACAAGCGAAAGUCCCAAUCGAUAUAAUGACCGACCGAAACGAAAGCGUGUAAAGCACGUUUCAGUCAAAGUUUUCCAUGCCGAGGGUAAACACCCCGUCCGCCAAGCGCCCCAACAUGCCCACGGCCCCCUAAUCCAAUGGCCACCAUCCGAAAGCUGGCCACUUUCCGGCAACUGUCCCUCGACUGCGAGCUCGACCAGCGCCGAAAGUCGCUCAAAAAGCAGCUUUCCGAGGAGAAAACCCGCCACGAACGGCCACAGCCUGUGCGAAUCGCCUGGGCAGACAGCCCUUCGCCCAAGGACGAGGGAAUCGUCGCCAGAAAAUGCCUCAAAGAAGCCAAAAAAGCGCCCAAGUUGAGCAGGCACAGCUCGCUGGAGAAGGACUCCAUUCUCUACUCCAAGCAGGAGUUAGCGGAGCGUUUGCGGCAAGCCCUCAAAGAGCGCGAAAAACCCAACCUGGACAUUUUCCUCGCCCACAACACCCAAGUCGAGGAGGAGGUGGAGCCCCCCGACCCCAAACAGCCCCCCAAAAUCAUCCAGCCCCUCACCACCCCUUCAGACGUCUUCCAAAUCAAGAAAAACAAAUCGAGUGCGAUUGUUGUGAUACCGGUGGUCGAGGACGAGCCCCCGAGCCUGGAGGAUGCCCCCGAAGGCGGCCCCCAGGACCCCAAAGCCAUAAAAAAUGUGAUAAUCAGACCGGCAACGGCUGCUUCCAAGCGAGAAAAAUUCCAAAAAAGGAGCAACACUGCGUUCAAUUCUGUUAUUCGGCCACCGCUGGUGAGGUCGUCUUCUGCGCCCACUAGUAAAAGCGACCAAAAGCCCAAAUUUCUCGCCACGAAGAGGAAAAUCAAGUCGGGGAAGGUUAAAGGGAAGACGAGCGAUGAUGAAGAUAGUGGAAGUAAUAAAGAGAAUCCGAAAAAUAAGAAGGAAAUGAACAGAUAUGUGGCUAUCAGUGGUAGCGACAUCGUAACAAUGGUUUCCCUCAUCAGCCCAGCUGCUAGCGACACCGAAGACCUGGAAAUUGAGCUAAAACCCAAAAUCAAAACAUCCCCUGCAAAAACCCCAGUGAUAAAAAAGGACGAAAAAGAGCAAUCAAAACCCGUCUCAUUGCGAAAAACCGUCAAAUCAGUCUCGUUCCAGUCUUCGACCAUACAUGCCAUUCGAAGUUUUUCAGCGAGUUUUCCAGGAAGACGCGGCUCCAUGGCCACCACGAUAAUGGUGGGAAACGCCCUCAAAAACCAGAAAAACCAGGAGAAAAGGGCCACCAAUUCCACGCCCUCUGAGGAUGAGGACAGAGGGCCGAAACGUCGGCUGGUGAGAAGCGCCACAGACAAAACACAAAAAAGUGAGGACGUGAAAACUGAGCCAGAACCCGACAUAAAAAUCGACAUUAAAACGAAAAUUGUGGAAUCGCCGCCACUGGAAAUCCCUGAAGCCACCGAAGCGGAAAAAACCGAACCGGUUGACGACCAACCGAAAUUCGGUUCGGUUAAGGAGAAAGAGUGCUGGGAGAUGUACUGCAAGAUGGCGGACCGCGGUCUCAAGGUCUCCUACGAUACGAUUUUGAGGGGAAUGUUGACCCCAACCGAGUACAGAAUGCGACGAAAAGAAAGUAUCACAGCUCUUGUUAACGAAACAACACAAUAAAUUGACAGUGUUAGGUUAGUCAUAGGUGGCGACGACUCGCCUGUACUUCCCCCAUAGUCCUGAGAUUGUUCAAUGCUUGUUAUAGACGGAUUUUUAUACGAUUUCUUUUAUAGAGGCAAAUAAUUUUAUACAAUGUGUACGCGACAAACGCACAACUUAUAUUUUAUAGAAAAAUAAAU